AUGUUCCACCGUCGUCGUCCCGCUACCACCACCACUCGCACCUCCAAGCCCAGUCUCAUGACUCGCCUCAAGGGCCCAGGUGCUCGCUCGCGGACCGUCAAGACCAAGACGACCACGACCCGUCACGGCGGCGCUCACACCGGCACCCGUCAUGGGGCUGCCUACACCGGCUCCCGUCACCAUGCCACCACUGCUCCGGCACAUCAUCACCGUCGGAAGGUCUCCCUGGGAGACAAGGUCUCUGGUGCGAUGCUUAAGCUGAAGGGGAGCCUGACGCAUCGUCCUGCGGUCAAGGCUGCUGGAACCCGUCGCAUGCAUGGAACUGAUGGACGGGGAAGCCACCGUCGCACUUAUUACUGA